AUGUCUCCCAUCAACAGAGUGCUUCCCGCACGGAAGAACAGCCUCCUUGUCGAGGACGUUCCCGAUCACGAGGAUCUCGUUGCGCGUCGCCGUCUUGGUCAGACACCGCUUUCGUCGCGUCUGGUUGCUGCCGCGCCGACCGGCAAUGAUCGCAGCACUGUCACUGACUUCGACUAUGCACAUCUCCGCGCACCUCUGCCCAAGGGCAUCGUGUCCGGCAUCUUCAAGCCGAGCCCGAACAGCUACUUCUUGAUGCGUCGCAGCAGUGACGGCUAUGUGUCUGCCACGGGCAUGUUCCGCGCCACCUUCCCCUAUGCCGAGAUUGAAGACGAGGAGGAAGAGCGCCGGUACAUCAAGUCUCGCCCAACCACGAGCUUGGAAGAGACUGCCGGCAACCUUUGGGUUCCGCCCGAAGCCGCUCUCGUGUUGGCAGAGGACUAUGGCAUCGUCCCUUGGAUCCGCGCCCUGCUCGAUGCCACCGAAAUUCCCUACACUCCGCCUCCUGGCAGCCCGAACAAGAAGGCUCCCAAGGCGCCUCCCAAGCUCGCCCUAAACCACCCGUCUCUCGUUCCACCCACACCAACCUCUGUCGCGCGCAACACUCGGUCCCGUCGCUCUGCUAGUCCCACUAAAUCGGUUGCAACGAAGCCGCGUGCUAUUGCCAGCCCUCGCAAGAGGACUACCAAGUCUGCCGCCGCCGCCGCCGCCGCCGCUGCUGCUGCUGCUGCUGCCUCUGCCUCUGUUUCACAGGCUUCUGAGGCAUCUGUUGCUAGCACCGAAAGCACUCCAGUGCCGUUGUCUGCUGGCCUCACAAACGGCGACUCGUCAGCAGCAAAGGAGCCGCACGUUAUCCUGCCGUCCGUAGAGGAGGAAGACGUCGUCAAGCCGACCAGGUCGACCAAGUCGGCCAAGGCAAAGGCUGCGGUCGAGAAGGAUGUCAAGGUUGAAGCCAAGCCCGAGGUCAAGCUUGAGACCAGGCCCGACUAUGCCUUUGCCGCCCUGAACCCGCUUCUCCUCGGCGUGCCGCCGUCACCUGGCGAGUCAGCACGUGCCUUGGCCGAAGCAAAGGAAAUGGUCCGGGCCGCCGCAGACGAGGCCGGGGCUUCCAGCUCGAGCCAGAAGGGCAAGCGCAAGGCAGAGGAAGUCGCAGAAGAGGCGACGAGCGCAAAUGACAAUGCGGCAGAUGGUAGCGAGGCGCACCCGUCAGAGCAGCCAAGAGCAAAGAAGGUCAAGACGGAGGUGCAGCUGCGCAAGGAACGUGUGCGGAAACGAGCACUUUUGGGCGUGGGCGCCACCAUUGCCGUUGGUGCUCUUGUUCCCUUUGUAAUGGGCAUGUUAUAA